AUGAAGACAGUCACCUUCAGUGUUAAGUCUAGCAGGCGUGAGGUAGGCUUUACUCUUGCUAUCCUAAGAAACAGACCCGUAUUCCCCAGGCUGCACAUUAGGACAACACUCUCCAAAGACAGCGUGGCGCCUCCCAGGACGGUGUCCCCAGCCAGGGGAGUCCUCCAGAGCGAGGAGAACUGUAGCUUUUCUCCUGGGCUGGGGCCCUGGGAGCUCCCCUCCCCCACAGACGUGUCUUGGGUGUUUCAGGAGCCUGUGACUUUCCAGGACGUGGCCGUGGACUUCACCCAGAGGGAAUGGGGGUGCCUGCAGCCCACCCAGAAAGCCCUGUACCGGGACGUGAUGCUGGAGAACUACAGGAACCUGGUGUGCCUGGGCCUCGUGUUCUCCAAGCCCUGGGUAAUCUGCCAGCUGGAGCAGGGAGACACGCCCUGGGGGCCAGAGGGUGAUGCCCCUAGAAUCAACAAUGCAGGUCAGGAGAGUAAGGCAGAAACCAAGCGAUUAUUUCCUAAGCUGGGCUUACAUGUGGAAGAGUCAUCCCAGGAGAGACUCACAAUGGAUGGUCCUUGGGGCUCUGAGUUGGAAGGAGACUGGAAAUACAGAACGAGGUUAGAGAGUCAGCAGAACAAAGGGGAGAAACCUCAUGGAUGUAAUCAAUGUGGGAAAAGUUUUCGUUGGAACAUACAUCUUGUUCAACAUCAACGGGUGCAUACUGGAGAGAAGCUUUAUAAAUGUAAUGAAUGUGAAAAGGCCUUCCGCCAGAAAACGCAACUUACUCGGCAUAAGCAAAUUCAUACUGGAGAGAAACCUUAUGAAUGUAAUGAAUGUGGGAAGGCCUUCCGUUGGAAGACAAGCUUAAUGAGCUUAAUGAGAAUUCGUACUGGAGAGAAACCUUAUCCUUGUAAUGAAUGUGGGAAGGCCUUCCAUUGGAAGACACAGCUUAAUGAACACUGGAGAAUUCGUACUGGAGAGAAACCUUAUCCUUGUAAUGAAUGUGGGAAAGCCUUCCGAAAGAAUGCCCAGCUUAUUCAACAUCAACGAAUUCAUACAGGAGAGAAACCUUAUGAAUGUAAUGAAUGUGGCAAAGCUUUCCGAAAGAACACACAUCUUGCUGAUCAUCAGAGAAUCCACACUGGAGAGAAACCUUACGAAUGCAGUGACUGUGGGAAAACUUUUCGUUGGAGCACACAACUUAGCCAACAUCAACGACUUCAUACUGGAGAGAAACCAUAUGAAUGCAAUGAAUGUGGAAAGGCCUUCCGCCAGAGCACACACCUUACCGAACAUCAGAGAAUUCAUACUGGAGAGAAGCCUUAUGCAUGUGAUAAAUGUGGGAAGGCUUUCAGCUGGAACACACAACUUACUCAACACCAGGGAAUUCACACUGGUGAGAAACCUUACGAAUGUGAUGAAUGUGGGAAGGCUUUCUGUCAGAAUACACAGCUUACUCAACACCAGAGAAUUCACACUGGUGAGAAACCU